AUGACGGAAACCCAACUUCCAGCAGGGCCGGCGCUCAUAAAGCAGCUGGCCGCCUCCGACAACAGGACCCGCAGCAGAUCUCUGCGCUCCCUCCUCUCGGCGUGGCUUCCUUCCCAGUCCAGUCUCCCCGACGAAGACAUGAAGAAGCUCUGGAAGGGACUCUUCUACUGCCUCUGGCACGCCGACAAACUACCCGCCCAGGCCCACCUCAUCGACCGCCUCGCUUCCUUGAUUCCGGCCCUCGAUUUGCCCUUCUCCGCCCACUACUUCUCCGUCUUCCUCCUCACCAUGCGCCGCGAGUGGUCCGGCAUCGAUUUCCUCAGGUUAGACAAGUUCUACCUCUUGAUGCGUAGGGUUCUCCGCUCUGUUUUCCUCCUCCUGAAGAGGAAUUCGUGGGAUUUGGAGAUGUCGAAUCGUUUCAUGGGUAUUGUUUUGGAGAGGACGUUCUUGGCUGACGAUAAGUUCCCAGGGGGGAAUGGCGUGAACUAUCAUGUCGCGUCUUGUUUCCUCGACGAGCUCAAGCCCUUUCUGCCUCUGAGCAAGCCGGUGGUUGAAGCGCUCUUGACGCCUUUCGGUUCGGUGAUGGGGAAGGUGAUUGAUAAGGUGCUGUUGGGGAAAAUCAAGGGCAAUGUGUUUGAUGAGUUAUUGAUUAUGGGGUGGGAAUUGCUGGAGUUUAAGAAAUCUCAUCCGGAUGGUGAUUGUGAGAACAAAGAUGUGGUCUUGCUUGGUACGAUUGCCUUAGCUAUGGGGUUAUCUGCUAGGUUUUAUGAGUUGGGUUCUUCUGCUGAAUGUCCUCAAGGCAACAGGAAAGUGCUCUUUGGUUUGCACGAGGAGUUUUUGAAGUUAGAGAAGGCAUUGGCUCUUUCCGGGAUCGAAAUUUCUCUUCCUCGAGUUAAUGUUGAUGGUACAGAUAAUGAUGACGAUGAAGUGCCGAGUUUGGUGCCCAUUGACACUCAGAUGAAAGAAUUGGAAGGUCGAAAUGGAGGCGUUGGCAAGAAGGAAUCAAAGAAGAGGAAUAAGGAUUCAUCUGACAAUGAUGGCAAAGAUGAUAGGAAGAAGAGGAAGAAUAACAAGAACAAGAGGGAGAAGCAAGAAGAUGGGGGCGAGAAAGUAGAAAAUGGUGAUAAUGUUUCCAGCAAGGAAAAGAGCACUGAUCUGGAGAGCGAUGCGAUUACUUUUGACGAUGCUGUGAUAGCAAACCUCCAAAAGCAGUUUGAGGGAGUCGCAGCUGAAGUCAGUAUGGACGAUCGUGUUGGAAGCUCGCUCGAGCUCGUGGAAGUGAAAGGAAAUGGCCUACUAACCAAGAAGAGGAAGAAGAGAACUAAGACUAAAGAUGUGAAGCAGUCUGGAAAUGCAGAUGAUAAAGAUCAAGGGGAUGCUGCCGCCAAGAGCGAAGACAAAAGCGUGAAGAAGGUAAGGUUUGCCAUGAAGAACAACUUGGUGUGGAAGCCACACAACCCUCUGCCUCCAGAGAGCUUGAGAAUACCGCCCUCGUCCACUCCUAGAGGGAGUGCCCUCAAGAAAGGUAUACCUCCUGGUCCUAUCAGGGAAAUGCCCUCUGCAGCCAACAAGGCUAGAAAGAGAGCCAAGUCCAUGAAGGUUGGCGUGAAGGGAAGAAGAGGUGUCCCUCCUACCGUCAGACACCUGAAGAAACGAAGAAGUUAA